CUGUGCAUCAGGAAACCGAUUCUUCGCUUUUCAGUAAACACCAGCGCAGCGACUGUGGAAAUGUGCAACACUGUGGUUUAUAAGUGAAAGCCUGACCUGUGUGGUGGUGGCAGACCUCAGCAUUUAUAAGUAAGACCCCCUGCUCCCACCUCUCAGAGCAGACCGACUGCAUCUGACACAGAGACUGGAACAUGAGCACUUUCAGACUAAUCCUUUUAGUCAGCAUCAGCACACAGUACGUGAUGUGUGCAGCCACUGUGAAUGUGAGCGUCCAGCAGGAGCAGAACGUUUCUCUGUCCUGUUACCUGAACUCCAGCUCUGAGAUGGCAUGGUAUCGACUGAGCUCGGAGAAGAUUACUUUACUCGUAUCAGCAGCGAGAGGAAACCUUCAGAAAAAAGACUUCAUUACUUACUAUAAUGAGGAUGAGAGUCACUUUCGGCUGGAGGAAGACAGGAGGCUGGACUCCAUCACCCUGGCCAUCACCGGGGUCCGAGAGUCGGAUCUGGGGCUGUACUACUGCGCUGUCCGCAUCGGCGCGAAGGCCAUGCGUUUUGGGACUGCUGUCAGACUCACAUUUGCAGACGCUGAACAGCAGCGCUCCUCGGCUGGCGUGGGCUGCAGGACGCUCUUGGUCUGCGCUUGUGUUGCAUGUGGGUUUUGCGGCAGUCUCUGCGUGUGUGCGCUUUGUUACGGGCGAGGGUCUUCCAGGGUUUCUUGCAUCAGAUGUGCGAAAGAAAUCUCAAAUGUCAAGACAGCACAAGUACAGUAUUCCAGUCUCCGGUUCCUCAGACGCUCCAGAGCCGCGGCUCCUGCUCCGGCCAACGUGACGUACGCUACUAUAGCCAAAGCCAUCCGCACGUCCUGACUUCACUGCAUUUAAUCUGCUUCACAUUAACAGAGGGAGAGUCUGCUGCAGCAUCACCUAUACUUUAAACUUACGCUUAAAAAAAGUCAUUUAUACACUAUGAUUCAAAAGCUUGGGAUUGGAAAGAUUGUUUAAUGUAUUUGAAAAACGUCUGUUUUGCCCACCGAGAAGCAAAUGUACCAAAUGCCGUGAAUAAUGUGAAUCAUUAUUGCAAUUUAAAACAACCGCUUUUUUUUGAAAAUAUUUGGUAACACUUUAUAAUAAUGUUCAGUUGUAAGUCAUUUAUAAGCAAUUAGUUAAUGAUGAAAUAAUCAUUUACAAAACAUUUAUAAAAGAUUACUAAGUGAUAUGCUAACAAUGUGUAUGUUUUGUUAAUUCAUUUACAAGUAAUUUACAAGUAAUUAGUUAAUUAUCUAAUAGUUAUUUAACUAAUCAUUUACAAAACAUGACUAUGCAUUCAUAAACGAUUAAUAAGUGAUAUGUUAGUAUUUUUAUCUAUGCUUUAAAUCAUUUACAAGUGAUUAGAUAAUGAUACAAAACAUCGCUAUACGUUCACAAAUGAUUUAGUAUUAUGCUAACGAUUUACAAAUCUGUCGUAAGUUAUCUUUAAAAAAAUAGAAUAUCAUGAAAUAAUCAA